UAUAUAUAAAUUUAUUAAACUUGAAAAUGUUUGAUUUAAAACAAAUCCAAAGUGUUAUAAUAUGAAAGAUUUGUUGUAAGCGUGAAGAUUAGUAGCACAAACUCAUUUCAGCAACCAGUAAUUUCUUAGGUAAAAUUUGCAGCAACAAGAACAUUUUUUCUUCAACAACUAGCAUUGGUGCAAGAUUGGUCAGUCAAUGGGAGCAGAUUCUUCAAGUUCUGUGAGUGUCAACUGGAGACUAGACUAAGUGCUCUCCAUGUUUGCCAUAGUAAACCAUACAUUCAGCAACACCGGCUUCACUUUCAAAGUAACCCAAUUUUCACGCUAACCACUCAUUUAAUCUAGUUGCCAUCUGCUGGGUACUCUUUUCUGCAUCUUUGGCCCCAAUUUCCUUCCUACUAGUAGUAGUUCAGCCUUCCCUUCAUAAGACUACUAGUUCAGCCAAGAAGGUUUGGAAUUAUAUACUUCAACAGUGCAGUCAGUGCACCACCGUCUUUUGAUUUUAUUGGGUGGGAAUCCUACAGACUACUGACGAUGGGUGAGAUAGUCUGUUCUGCCAUUGUUCAUGAGGCAGUAAACAAAAUUAUGUCUGGCAUGAUUGACAAGUUUGAGGGAAAAUCAAGCGCAGAGGGUCACCUGGAGAGGCUGGAGAUGGCACAGAUCAAGUUGGAGACUGCACUUGAGACAUCCAAUAAGUGGAAGAUCACUGGUGGGCCAUUGCUACGUUGGCAGAAGAAGCUAAAGCGUGCUGCUGAAGAGUGCGAGAACACACUUCGCAAGAGCAGGCAGCGUCUCCAGAAAGAAGAAGAGGAGGAACAGCAAGUAAGAAAUUCCUCUUUUCCAAGGCGAAUUGCCCAUGCCACCAAGUCACUGGUAUCAUCUGUCUUUCGUGCCAAUAUUGACGAGCUGAGUAGAUCAAGUGUUCGAAGAUUUGAGUGGUAUGCAGAUGGAGCUAAUGAUUUUCUGAGGUCUGUGGAGUUUGGAGGGACACCACGUCGUUACUUGUUCUUUGACCCUCUUAUCGGACACCUUCUUGCAGGUGAAACGCUAGACUACAAAUUAGUGCAGGGAAACAAGCAGCAUCUGUUUUGGAUACGACCCAAUAACAUUGCAGAGCGAGGAUUUGAAGCUAAGUUGAUCUUUGUUUACCAUGAUGGCAAUGCACCUGAGGAUAACUUUUUUCUUUGUAUGAUGCUACAACUUUCAGAGAGUACAAACAUAGUUGGCACUACAAUCAAGUGCUUGCAGUUGUUUACCCCUCAUUUCAAGUCUACAACUGAAACUGUUAGGAAAGAACUUACUCAACUGCCUACACAAGACUUCUCCUGGGUGCCACGUUCUUGUUCAUACCAUUGGGAUGACAUUCACAUUAUAGCUACCGAAUGGCUCCGGCCAAACCCACUGUGUUGCAAGCAUCAUGUUCAGAAGGCAUGUGACAGUGGCUACAUGGACAAGAUUGAAUAUCGAGAUGUUUCUCUAGAAUCAGUCAUUGAAGUAUAUUUGGAGAGCCAAAUCUCACAAUCAAAAUUUAAUGAACGAAGGGCUGCUGUACAAGGAAAAAGUUGUUCUCCUAGAAGGCCAUCACAUCUGAAACUUGGAGUGUUCCUUUUGCCUCAUGUCUCUUCAAGUGACCUUGUGCCUGCAACUGACAGUUUUGCCAUGGAGAUGAUUGAUGGUGAGGAUCAGCUUUGCUUGCACACAAACAUUACACUGGUACAGCUAAACGAGAUUAUGCUACCAAAGGUGAUAAAUAGCUUUAAUGGGAAUACAAAAGCGACAGCGCACCAGUUUCUGUGGAAGUCAAAACAUGAAGCUGCACUCUUUCAUGUGGGGAACACAAAAAUGAAUGUGCCAAGAAUAUUGAAUGCUGCUAGGAAAGCGUCACUUUUGCAACGGCAUGGCCUUGAGCUGGAGAGCCAAGCAGACAUAAUCUCUGAGUUUCUCAAGUUGUGGGUUGAGCGUGCUCCUGUCCUGAUGCAGUUCUCAGUUGUGCACUGGAUUCAGACCCUACUUGGUGGAGCUGGAGAUUCUAAACUGCUAAUGAGUAUCUAGCUAGUACGAGUCCGGGCAAGCUGGUGAAACCCAACUUUUGGUUGCUGAAUCAAAAGUUCAAAUCUAGAUUCAAUGUCUACUGGAUUUCUUAACCUCGAGGAAGAAUAUAGGCUGUUCAGGGGAGCCGGAGAUUCUUAAAGUAGAUACUGUUGCUUGAAUCUCCUUCAAACAAGGCCCUUGGAAAGAAAAGGAAAUACAGAUGGCACCAAGAAUUCCAGAUUAUGUAACAGAGAUUGAUCAGGGUAACGAGGGGAAUAUUGGGUAGGAAAUAUUCUUUAGGUGAGACAUGAGUGAGUACAGUUAGAUAUGUAAUCAGUCUUUUUAUAUGAAACAUUUAGCCAAGAAUUGCAGUUCAGUUAGAUGUGUAAUCAGUCCUUUUAUCUGAACUUUUGCAUGUAUAUGCUUUAAUCAAGACUGAAUUUUUUG